AACAUAUUAUAAAUGCAUGAUGCUAUCUGCCAUCAUCUCUUCCAUCAGUUUUGAAACUUAAAGAUCAUAAUAUGGACAUUGUGAGAAAAGAGUUUUUCUUAAGGCUUUUUGCUACUGUGUUUUUGGUUUUGACUGCUGUCUUGGUUGGAUUUGAUACUCAAACUAAAGUCCUAUUCUAUGUCCACCGAAAAGCCACCUUCAAAUAUUUGAAUGUCUUGAGUGUUUUGGUAUGGAUUGAUGCUGCUGUUGCUUGUUAUAACGUACUCCAACUGUUAAGAUGUUUCUUCAUUUCUACUUCAAGGGGGGAUGCUAAACAAUCAUCUUACAAGAAUUGUUGGUUGUUUUUCUUCUUAGACCAGGUGGUUGUGUACACUGUAUUUGCAGCAAACACAGCAGCAAUUCAAGCAUCAGCAGUAGCACUCUUUGGGGUUAAAAGUUUACAAUGGAUGAAGUUAUGCAAUAAAUUCCCAAAAUUUUGUAUCCAAAUUGCAAGUGCUUUAAUAGUGGGCUAUGUUGCUGUCCUCCUAUUGGCUGUGGUCUCUUCAAUUUCUGCCUAUCAAUUAUUCAGGCUCUACUCACCUAAGCAUUUCCUUAAACUUAAAAGAAAAUUAAAUGAUGAUGAUGAGUUGCAUUCUACUAGUACUAUAUAAAUUUAUAUAUUGUGGACUUUGUAAUAUGGCACUUACCUUUUAUUCAGCAAUAUUUAUUUUUCUUGUGUAAUUAGGGAACAUAGUGAAAUUAAUAAAGAGAGAGUUAAUACAGUA